AUGUGGCAGACCCCCCUUUCGGCCGCGAUUGCUGCAUCUCAGGGUCAAGCUAACAACAGCUUACUGCAACAGCUUAAUGUGAUCGUUUCAGAUCUAACGAGUAAACCAACUCCUAUAGUGAUUCCUUCACCAAUAGUGCCUUACACUGAUACUGCAUCGACGUCGUCUCCCGUCUCUAAGCGACCUUGUUUCUCACCCCGGGAAGCGUCUACAUCUAGAGAAAUUGAAACGAAACGAAGUCCACCCAAUAAUGAGGCCAGUUCGUCGAGGUUGAACCAGCCUUCCACAUCAGGUAGGUCUGCAACAUUUGUUUUAAUCUUUUCUUUUUGGGUUCGUCUUCAGAAUCGUUGUGCGAAAAACAUUUGGCAAAAUUCUUGGAUCCUGCGGGUUGUGCCCAAAUGUCUUCACUUGCUCAUUGUUUGA